AUGUCAUCUUUUAAUAUUUCGAGAUUCAUUUCUACGGGUUCGCGUCCGAAACAUACUUUUAAAAAAGUUGCAAGUAAUUCAAUAAAUUAUAUAGAUGAUAUGAAUGGUGAGGAAAAUAGUACGAAAAAAGUAGGAGAAAAAGUUAAUGAAAAUGAUAUUACGAUUAUCAAUUCGGAACAAAAACAUGAAGGUUCGAUUUUUGUUUUAGGGCAAAUUAUUUCUCAAAAUGAAUUGGCAUUAGCACAAUCAAAUACCAAAUAUGAUAUUUUCGAUGAGUUUUUAGAACUUGAUAUGAGAGGUAAAUCCGUCAAUAAGGCAAAAAAUGACUUAAAAAUCAAGAAAAAGCGCGGUGUUGCCGCAGAAAAUAAUACGGUUUCCGUAAAUAAUAAAAAUGGAAAUAAUAAGCGGGGAAUUGAGAAUGACAACGUUGACUUUGUACGAAAAGAAAUUACUAGACGUGCUUUAAAGGAUAAAUCAAAUAAAAAAAAUGAUGGUAUGAAUCAGAAAAAUGAAGUCUUUGUUAGAUCUACUCUUGUAUCAGAGAAAAUUCAGGAUAAUGAAGUGUCGCAAAAGAAUAAGAAUCGAGAAGAAAAGCGGGUAGAUUUCAAAAUCUAUGAUGAUAAUGUUGAACAUGAUAAUAGUGAACUUGUCAUCAAUUCCGUAACAGAACCUGAUGAGCUUCAAGAACAAGAUUAUUUAAAUGACACAUAUAUUUCGGAAGACUGGCGUAACAUGAAGCCAAUUAUGACAUCAACUCCUGUCAAAGUCAUAGAUAAUUCGCAUAUUUUACCAUCACAUCACAUAGAUAAAGAAUCUUCAACAACAUCACUUGAAGAAAUUGGCAACAUCUUGUUGUCAGAUGAUGAUGCAGAAAAUAAAAAGUCUUUAAAAAAUUCAAACACGAGUGAUUCACAAAAUAAAACUGAGAAACAAUCAGUAAGGUCACUUGAAUUAAAGGGUGAUCAAAAUAUACAAGAAAAUUUGGAUUAUGAUCCAUCACCUGAUCCGCUUACGCUUCCAAUGCGUCCUGGAGAUCAGAGAUUACCACCACCACCAAAAGGAGGAUACCAAAUUAUUAAAAAGAUCCUGAAUAGACCGAUAACCCCAACUUCAGAGGAAAAAAAAGCUGAUCUAUCAAGAGGGCCUCCAUGGCGCAACCGGCUAGCGCGUUCGGCUGUUAACCGAAAGGAUCCUGGUUCGAAUCCAGGUGGGGGCGAUAAAAUUGUUGAUUGUGUCAGAAGAUUGAAUGCUACUUAA